AUGUACUCAAAACUGAAGUUCCUCCAAGGCAAUUCGACUACCUCAGUUCGAUCAGCCUCUCAAUUCCUCAUAGACCUCCGAGGUCGGAGAAUUCAAUCGGACGAAAUCAUGGUCUCCUUCGACGUGACGUCGUUAUUUACAUCUAUCCCACCGAACGUGGCCCGCGAAGUCUUGCGCAAGAGACUUGAAGAGGCGUACGAUGAGACUCAGAAUGCCCUCAAAAUUGAACACCUCAUGAGGCUGUUUGAAUUCUGCCAACAAACUUUCUUCACUUUUGCGGGAGAGACCUAUGAACAAAUCAAGGGAACCCCAAUGGGCUCACCGGUCUCCGGUUUGGUGGCAGAACUGGUCCUACAGGAGUUGGAAAAGAUUGCCUUCCUCCAACAUGAACCGGUGUUUUGGCGACGUUACGUUGACGACACGUUCGUCAUCGUAAAGAAGGACAUGCUGCAACAUUUUCACUGCCUGCUCAACGCAGUCUUCCCGGAUAUAAAAUUCACGAGAGAAGAAGAACAGGAGCAGCAGUUGCCCUUCCUGGAUGUGCUCGUCAGACGAAACCUUAACGGUGAACUUGAAACGACGGUUUAUAAGAAGGAAACGAACACCACACAGCUUCUCAGUUUUCACAGCAAUCAUCCGGUGGCUCACAAACGAAGCUGUGUGAAGACACUCUUCAAACGGAUCCAAACUCAUUGCAGCAAACUGGAAGGUAGAGCGCGUGAGGCCCGUUAUCUCCGCGACCAGUUUGUGCAAAAUGGCUAUCCGAGGGCAUUUAUAAGUCGCUGCCUACGCGGUCGCCACCAGAGAACUCAAACAUCAACGCCACCGACGAUAUGGCAUUCUCUGCCAUACAUCAAGGGUGUUUCAGAAUCGACCGAGCGCAUUGCUGCGGAGCUAGGGGUUGGAAUCGCACACCGCCCCAAAGCCACCAUGCGCAACAGGGUCAUGAAGAUCAAAGACCGGUUAAAACCCGAAGAGCAAUCUGGAGUAGUGUAUCGCAUUCCGUGUCAAAAUUGA